UAUCAAGCUUCGCUCUCAUUUGCUUAGGGUUUGUUUUCCCUUUAAAUCCUGAAAAAAAGAAUCGAAUACUCUCCCUCUCGCUCUUAGCUUGAAGUUGUUCAGCAGCAAUCAUAGCAGACAGAAAUCCUCUCCUCGCCUCUUCUCUCCUCUCCGGAAGGUGGACAGACUGGUAUGUUAGUUUGGAACUCAUAUUUUUUUGUGAGAUUGGAUCAUGUUGUGGCUUGAUCACCUUUUUGUUAAAUCUGACCCUUUCCACUUUUCUCUGAAUAACUUGAUAAAGGAAUCUACAAGCUAAAAUCUUAAUUCUUAUAUUUCUUAAAUGCGACCUCUGGAAUGAAGCCCCUUCAUGCUUAAACUAAUGCUUCCUAUUCCAGGACAUAGGUUGCAUCACCUUCCUAAGCUACAUUGUUUUCAUUCAGAAAUCUCUUUUGCCCAUCUCUGUUACUACUGCAACUAAUUUUAUCUUAAAUCCUUUAUUAGAAGUCUUUCACGUUGCAACCACCUUCAAACUUAUGACACGAUUUCUAUUCAGAUUCAUGACCUGGAACUCCUUUUGGCCUUUCAUUUUGUUUCCUCCUUUCAAUAUGUGUAUAUAUCCCAUGAAUUCUUGUGGCCUCUGUACCCUCUUCACAGUUGCCUUGCAAGCUUGUGUACUUAGAUAUAUAAGAUGCCAAGUACAAAAGGAAAUGCAUCUGCAGCUGCUGAGGAAGCAGAAUCUGAAAAGCCGGUUGAGUCCGAUGAGAAAGUUGAUUUUGAUGAAGACUAUGAUCCUGAGGAAAUGAUGGAUGAGGAGGUUGAGUAUGAAGUAGAGGAAAUAGUGGAAGAAGUGGAAGAAGAGGAAAUAAUAGAAGAGGAAGUGGAGGUGGAGGAAGAAGAGGAGGAAAAUGCUAGUAAUGCUAAUGGGGGUGAUAUCCAAAGUAGCCAUCAAGGUGAUGAGGCAAAGGUUGAAGAUGAGGAUGAGAAGAAAAAACAUGCUGAGCUUCUUGCCCGUCCUCCUCAUGGUUCUGAAGUAUAUAUUGGUGGUGUUCCUAAUGAUGCUUCUGAGGAGGACUUGAAGGAUUUUUGCGAGUCUGUUGGAGAAGUUACGGAGGUACGUAUGAUGAAAGGAAAAGAUUCAAGUGACAAUAAGGGCUUUGCAUUUGUGACUUUUAGAAGUGUUGAUUUGGCUACUAAAGCAAUUGGUGAGCUGAAUAAUACUGAAUUCAAGGGUAAAAGAAUCAAAUGCUCAACAUCUCAGGCAAAGCACCGGUUGUUCCUUAGCAACAUUCCUAGAAGUUGGGGAGAGGAAGAUCUUAGCAAGUUUGUGGCUGAGGUUGGGCCUGGUACAACCAAUGUGCAAUUGGUGAAGGAGAAGAGCUCAAGCAAUAACAGGGGCUAUGCUUUUGUUGAGUACUACAAUAAUGCUUGCGCUGAAUAUUCGAGGCAGAAGAUGAUAGAUCCAAAAUUUAAGCUGGGUGAUAAUGCCCCAAGUGUGAGCUGGGCUGACCCUAAAAAUGCUGACUCUUCCACUUCUUCACAGGUUAAGGCAAUAUAUGUGAAGAAUUUACCAAAGACUGUUACCCAAGAUCAGUUGAAGAAGCUAUUUGAACGACAUGGAAAAAUCACAAAAGUGGUUUUGCCUCCAGCAAAAUCUGGACAAGAGAAAAAUAGAAUUGGUUUUGUGCAUUUUGCUGAGAGGUCUAGUGCUAUGAAAGCUCUGAAAGAUACUGAAAAAUAUGAACUAAAUGGCCAAAGUGUCGAGUGUGCACUUGCAAAACCUCAGUCAGAGCAGAAGCCUGCUGGAGGGUCAAACUUGCAGAGGGCUGGUUUGUUACCAGCUUACCCACCUGGUGUUGGUUAUGGUAUGAUGGGGAGUGCCUAUGGUGCUCUUGGUGCAGGAUAUGUUGCAACAGGCUUUACACAGCCAUUGAUCUAUGGAAGUGGACCAGCCCCUGCUGGCAUGGCAAUGAUGCCAAUGCUUCUACCUGAUGGGCAGUUCGGAUAUGUCCUGCAACAGCCAGGAGUACAGCUACACUCCCCAACUUCAUAUCAAAGAAAUGAUAGUAGGAGUGGAAGUGGGCGUGGCAACAAAAUGGUUGGCAGUUCAAGUAGGGGUAGACAGCGCAGUGAUGCCAGCCAUGGUCGCAGAUUUCGUCCGUACUAAUUGCUUUUGCUGCAUACUUGUUGAUUUCACUGAUGAAGAAAGUGCUAUUCAACAGUGUCAAACUCUUAGCAUUUUUUUAUUUUCCGUCUUAUUAUUGUAGUGUAAUUGAGCUGAUUUUUGUGAGUUUUUACACGUACAUCUAUAUUGAAAACUUGUGUACAUUUGUUCUUUGCGAGGUUGAUAGCACGCAGUCAGGUUUGCAUUA